AUGUCUGGUCAAACCAGACUCUGGCAGACUGUCCACGAUCGCGUCUUCUCGCCACUGCGACUCACGACGAAAUCUGCCCACGACCAGGGUUAUCAGUCGCUCAACUCCGCCGACGAUAUGGCCGCGCAAAGCUCCGUCACGGCCAACAAGCCUGGCUUCUUCAGGCCGGACGUGAAGGAAGACGAUCCCAACUAUGGAACCGCCAACAAGCCCUCCGACGUCAUCGGCGCAUCCUCGUCGUCGUCAGAAGCUGAGGACGCCGCGGUCGCCGCGGGGCUCUCCCACCUCGAAGCUCGCAGCAAGCACUGGUACUCGUACUUUGCCACGCUCGACUUCUGGGCCGUCAUCGCCGUCGGCCAGAUACUCUCGCUCUGCAUCACGGCCACCAACACCUUCAGCAGCUUCCUCGCGGGCGUCAACACCAACAUCCCAGCCUUCCAGACGCUCUUCAACUACGCUCUGCUGACCCUUAUCUGGCUGCCAAUUGCCCUCUAUAAGCAGGGCCCGCGCAGGUUCUUUUCGAUUGCGCUGCGGGACGGCUGGAAGUACUUCAUCCUGUCCUUCCUCGACGUCGAGGGCAACUACUUUACCGUGCUGGCCUAUCGGUACACCAACCUGCUCUCGGCGCAGCUGCUCAACUUCUGGGCCAUUGUGUGCGUCGUCGUUCUGUCCUUCCUCCUCCUCAAGGUCCGCUACCGCCCCCUCCAGAUCGCCGGUAUCCUCAUCUGCUGCGGCGGCAUGGGCGUGCUACUCGCCAGCGACCACAUCCAGGGCAACAACGGCGGGACGGGCGUGGACAUGCUCAAGGGCGACCUGUUUGGCCUGCUGGGCGCCUCGCUGUACGGCAUCAGCAACGUGUUUGAGGAGUGGUUCGUCAGCAAGCGGCCCGUCUACGAGGUGCUGACCUUUCUGGGCAUCUUUGGCGUGUGCAUCAACGGCGUGCAGGCCGCCAUCUUUGAUCGGACUUCGUUUGCGGACGCCACCUGGAACGGCCAGGUGGCCGGCUGGCUGGUCGGGUACACACUGUGCCUGUGCCUGUUCUACUCGAUGGUGCCGCUGGUGCUGCGCAUGGGCAGCGCAGCCGUGUUUGACGUCAAUCUGCUGACGGCCAACUUCUGGGGCGUCAUAAUCGGGACGAGGGUUUUCGGGUACAGCGUUCAUUGGAUGUACCCCAUUGCGUUUGUCUUGAUCAUUCUCGGCUUGAUCACCUACUUCACGGCGGGCAGCAUUCUGGGUGAUUCCAAGAAGCCGUGGCUGGGGGAUAACCAGAGGGAUGGCGUCGCGGGGAUUGGCACGGCCAAGCUCAAGGCGCUGAACGAGGCAAGGAAGAAGGGACUGGCGGGACCGACCACGGCAGUGCAGGAUUGA